CACCGCCCUCUGGCAUUCCAACAGCAGGGACCCCUAGCUAGCCAUACGGCGUGAUACAUACGAUACCCACCGCCCGGCGGUUUGGAGUUCGUAAUGCUUACAGCUGCGGUGGAGCCCUCACAUCGGCACGAUCCGUAUGUGGAGUGCGAAUUAAUUUUUCUCAGUCAGCGCCGAGCGAAACCAGAUGGAACCCAAACCGAGAGCGAAAAAUCUCAGCGCAGGUAUGACGACAUCGUACAUUUUUGCUCAGCUGGACGGGCCAGAUCUUCCUCUUCUCCGUGCCCCUACCGAUUCUAUGACGUCAUGCUCAGGGCCAGCUGCUGUCUCCUCCUCCUUCGUCCCCCGGGAGCUGGAAUUCCCCUUCCUUUCGUCCCCUCUCUCGCCCUCUUGUUCCCCUUCCGAACAAUUCGGGACAGAAUUUUAGUGGGUGAGGGUGAAAAUCCCAAUAGAAGGGAACAGCCCACAAUGAAGAGGGGGGACGUGUCAGACCGAACGGAAAUCAAAAUUUCUUUAGAGGUUUCUACGGAGUACCUUCCUCCAUCUUUCUGAUGCGCCUGCUCCAAUUGUAUCCCAUUUCGCUAACACAGAUUCCCCCAUCCAUGCAUCACCACCUCAACCGAAGUAGGGCCCUUGACUUCGGACUGGUCGUUGUACAUAUACAUGUAACACUAGUCAGAAUAGUCCAGCCGAUCUACUUCUC